GUUUUCUGGCAUUGACUCCAGGCUGAAGUCGGACGAGGCAAGGUUUUGACGACUCGAUGGGAGAGAUGCGUGGUCCACGAUCUCAGGGACCCCCAGCGCAUCAGUGCCCUAAUCCAAAGACACUAAGUGGAAAUGGAAGACGGAGAGAUGACGGAGCACGUGAUUGGAAAUCGCUCCAGCUUUGUGUCUUCAACCCCAGUAAUUAUUAUCCACGUUAUAAUUGAUACCAUCAUUAUACCUCUCACCACGAACAUCGUCGACGAAGUGAUAGUUAUGAUCGGGAGAAGAUUCCAAUUUAGACUUCGUCGCUGCUUCGCUCAUACGUCUCCAAGGGACAACCCUUCAUAACACAACCGUUCAAUCGGUUUGGGGUUCUAGUUUUUAUGGAAAAUGAAUCUCAGUACCGACUUACCUUUCAAUAU